CUGUGCACAUCAUUUAGUAACGAAUCUGAACCCAAACGCAACGAAUACGAAUACAAAACGGAACCAGCAGCGUUAACGCGGGCUUUCUUGGCAAAAAUCAAAUAGAAUACAAAGAUAAAUAAUGUUUCAAAAAAGGAUUAUUGAACUGUUUACACUACUCUUCUAUUGGAUGGUCAUAACGCCAGCCAUCUAUCAAUAUUGCAAGACACAAAAUUGGAUACGCUGGGAUCUAAAUAUACCCUUUCAAUCGUUCUCGGAUCACGCCACAUUCGCGCUCUGCCUGCUCGCUGGCUAUGUGACCUUUUAUCGAAUUGUGAUCUUCAUCUAUAUGAAGCUAAAAGUUUGUGAUGUGAAAAUGUGGCAUAAGCUGAAGAAAACCCAGGAAGAUCCCGAAUCGCAGCUAAAGGAUAAAUCACAUUAUCAGGCCGUAUCCACAGAGAAUAUUGAUACCGUGGAUGGCCCAGCUGCAGGCAAGGAUCAAAUGCCAAAGGUCAUACGUACAAUAAGUCAUCCGCUGCUAGUGGAAAGUGAUUUGGCACGCAUACACAUCAAACACGAGACGCGACCGCUGCGCAGUGCCACAUUGCCCCAUGCACAUCUGCGGCAACAGCAGCCUGUCUCAAGUCCCACGCCUAGUUUGAGGUGUGCUCCGCCUGUGCCAUCGACGCCGCCGCGCACACCUGGCCUGGCCCGCAAGCUCAGCCAUGGUAUCAUCAUGUCGCCCGAUGUCCUAAUGGGCACCUCCCAGCAGCUGAGACCCAAGAUAUAAAAAACUGGAAGAGCGAAAGGCAAUUCGCAUCAAGUAUUAGCAUUAGCCAAAGAACCAAAGAUCAACCCAAUUUUAGAAAAAUUUUUGACGCAGACAUGCGAAUUCUAGUUUAAUUUGAUGAAUAAGUUCCAUUGUUCAUUUUCGAGUCGCGAACUAUAUAGUUAAUCAGAUUCUUAUAUGUGUAAAGCACUUCGGGCAGCUCAUCAGAGUGCAUAGUUCAUGGACUAUCAAAUCGCUCAAGGCAAUAUAUAUAUAGCUGAGACACUUACUCAAUUAUAGUUAUUCUAAAUGAUACGAUAAAACUCUAAUGUUAGCUAUUCCUGUCGAUGGAAUAAAUCAUUUAGUGACGUUUUUGAAAUAUAAAAAUAUGUAGUUAUAUUUUCUUUUUAUUUUCAUAUUAGCAAGCGAA